CCAACACAUACCUCUUUAUGGUACAAGCUCGUGGUAUCAUGCUGAGAGAGAAUGUGAAAACAAUUGGACAUAUGAUCAGGCUAUAUACGAAUAAAAACACCACUCUCAAUGGGACAGAUUAUCCUGAAGGCAAUAAUUCAAGUGACUAUCUUGUACAAACAACAACGUAUCUUCCACAGAACUUCACAUAUUCACCGCAUCUCCCCUGUCCAGAGAAGCUGCCGUACAUGCUAAGUGUGAAUGUGUGUGUGAUCAGUCUUAUGGGGCCAGGAGGCCACUGGAGGCCCAAAGACUGUGAGCCCAGCUGGAAGGUGGCAGUUCUCAUCCCCUUCCGUAACCGCCAUGAACAUCUUCCCAUUUUCUUCCUGCACCUGAUUCCGAUGCUCCAGAAACAGCGGCUGGAAUUUGCCUUUUAUGUCAUCGAACAGACUGGCACACAACCGUUCAAUCGAGCGAUGCUCUUUAAUGUGGGUUUCAAAGAGGCCAUGAAAGACGGCGCCUGGGACUGUGUGAUCUUCCAUGAUGUGGACCAUCUGCCUGAGAAUGACCGGAACUAUUAUGGAUGUGGAGAGAUGCCGCGUCACUUUGCAGCAAAGCUGGACAAGUACAUGUACAUACUUCCAUAUAACGAGUUCUUCGGUGGGGUGAGUGGCCUGACAGUGGAGCAGUUCAGGAAGAUCAACGGCUUUCCCAAUGCCUUCUGGGGUUGGGGAGGAGAGGAUGAUGACCUUUGGAACAGAGUUCACUACGCUGGGUAUAAUGUAACCCGGCCAGAGGGGGACUUGGGAAAGUACACAUCUAUUCCUCAUCACCAUCGGGGGGAAGUACAGUUUUUAGGGCGGUAUAAACUACUAAGGUAUUCCAAGGAGCGUCAGUACAUCGAUGGAUUGAACAAUUUAUUAUAUACGCCCAAAAUACUGGUUGAUAGGUUGUAUACAAACAUAUCUGUAAACCUCAUGCCAGAGUUAGCUCCAAUUGAAGACUAUUAA